UGUUCAGCACCUAAAGUCGAGGAUAGCUCUGGCCUUUCAAUGGAGGAAAGUGCUAGAUUUGUCCGUGUUGUAUAAUAAAAUACCCAACUCACAGGUUCCAUAUUUGUUUUGGAGCGAUCGCAGUUGUCUUCAUUUACUGUGAGGGACAGAAUUGGCGUCAAACAUGCGUAAAAACCAAGGCUGUCCUGGCAGGGAACCACCGAGGAAGGAAUUAUCUCCGCUCGACUGAGACCAGCCUCGAUUACUGUGAUACAUAAGGAAACACCGCCGGAGCCCGCUAGCCUCAUCAGCGCCGCCAGCAGCCGGUCCACGGCCACCCUCCGCGCCCAAAGCAGCGUCACACCACCGGGAUCGGAUCCACAUCCACCUUAUAAACAGCAAUGGGUGCAUUCCUGGACAAGCCGAAGACAGAGAAACAUAGUGCCCAUGGAGAGGGCAACGGGCUACGCUAUGGCCUUAGUUCCAUGCAGGGCUGGCGGGUGGAGAUGGAGGAUGCCCACACAGCCGUGGUCGGCCUUCCCCACGGCCUCACCGACUGGUCCUUUUUUGCAGUCUACGAUGGCCACGCCGGCUCCCGAGUAGCCAACUACUGUUCUGGGCACCUGCUCGAGCACAUCUUGUCAGGAGGGGCCGAGUUUGGUCCAGGACCGGGUUCCGUGGAAGGCGUGAAGGAUGGCAUCCGCUCAGGGUUCCUGAACAUAGACGAAUACAUGCGCAACUUCUCUGACCUGCGGCAGGGCCUCGACCGCAGUGGAUCAACAGCCGUAUGCGUUUUGCUCAGCCCCAGUCACCUCUACUUCAUUAACUGCGGCGACUCACGGGCCGUGCUGAGUCGAGACAACAAGGUGGGCUUCUCCACCCAGGACCACAAGCCCUGCAACCCCCGCGAAAAGGAGCGCAUCCAGAAUGCUGGCGGCUCAGUCAUGAUCCAAAGGGUAAAUGGCUCCCUGGCUGUGUCUCGAGCCCUGGGGGACUAUGACUACAAAUGUGUGGAUGGUAAGGGCCCCACGGAGCAACUGGUAAGCCCUGAACCCGAGGUCUGUGUGCUAGAGCGGGCGGCCGAAAGAGACGAGUUUGUGGUGCUGGCGUGUGACGGAAUCUGGGACGUGAUGUCCAACGAGGAGCUGUGUGAGUUUGUCCGCUCACGACUGCUGGUUUGUGAUGACCUGGAGAAGGUGUGUAACUCGGUGGUGGACACAUGUCUUCAUAAGGGGAGCAGGGAUAAUAUGAGCGUGGUUGUGGUGUGUUUACCUGGAGCUCCCAAGGUUUCAGACGAGGCUGUGAAGAAGGAGGAGGAGUUGGAUAAAUACCUAGAAAACCGUGUUGAAGAGCUUGUGAGAAACUGUGGGGAGACAGGAGUCCCUGACCUGGUGUCUGUCCUAAGGAGCAUUGCCUCAGAGAACAUCCCUAACCUUCCACCUGGUGGAGGCCUGGCCAGCAAACGAAGUGUGAUCGAGGCAGUGUACAACAGGCUGAAUCCUCACCGAGAAGAGGAAGGGAGUCUGACCCUGGCGUGUCACCUCAGGCCCGUGCGGGGGGAGAGGAGGAGGAGGAGGAGAGUGAGGAGGGAGGUGGCACCACGGCGGCUCAUCUCCUGGAGGCUUUGCGGCAGUUCCGCCUGCACCACCGGGGGCAGUACCGCACGGUGCUGGAGGAGUCCCUGGCCGCCUACCACCUGCGGGGGGAGAGUGCCGUCGAGGAAGCAGGAGAAAGCAGAAGGCCCCGCGACGACGGAGACGGCGACGGCGGCGAUGACGACGCGGGACGGCAGCAGCCCGCCUCCCCUCCCUCUCCCCCCUCGCCCCCGCCCUCACCUUUCACUGCAGAGCCGGAGGCCAGUCAAGAUACGCCCGCACCCGAGUCCGAUACCUCCUCUGGCUGAGCACACCCCCCCUCACCCUUUCAUCCCACUCUAGAGAUAUGUCAAAUGUUAUAUGAUCUCCCACCUUUCUUUCCUCUUCACAGAACUAGAACGGGCACUCUGGCCAUCCAACGCUCUUUUAUGAUUAAUCACUUACUUGUUAAUUCAAAACUAAAAUGGCCUCUGUCUCUUCAAAUUCUGUCUCCCAACACUCACACUGUAUCAUUCCUGCCAAAUACUGAGAACUCUUUCUUUUUUCUUUUUUCUUUUUACACUCCUCCACCUUUGCUUGGAUGAUUUGCUUCCCAAUCACGCUGGUCACUUUUAGAACUUGACCACUCUUAACAUUUACAUCACCAAUCAUAAUUCGAUCAUUUAGUAUUAUGUUCAAAAGUGGUGGGUGAAGCAAACUGACCCCUGCUUUAUAUGGCUGACAUUUUCCAGUAUUUGCUUCUGGCUGAUUCCCUGCCCCUCCUCUUCCUCUUAGCCCCCCCCCCCGUCCCCGUCCCCGUCCCCGUCCCCCCUCCCCGCCUCAUCCCACUCCCGCUUACAGUGGAUGACCUGACAAAGAACAGGAGCGGAGACACUGAACUGCAGCUGUACAAAGUACUGCAUUGUUUCCAGGCCUGCUCCAUCUACGGACUCAGAACACGCUGGUUUAUGUUUAUGUAUGUAUGUAUGCACAUGUGACCGUAUGAGUCUGAGUGACUGAGAGAGGAGCCAAUCAUCAGUCCUGUUUCUCUUUUUGUAAUACUCUGGACUGCACCCACGUAUCUGCCAGCGACGUAAGGUGCUUCUGAACAGUCUGGGCACUGAAAAAUGUUGCUUCUGCAUUUCUGAACGGAGCCUCGCAGGAUUCGGCAGGUUGCGAUAUGUGAUCCAGGUCGGUGGUGUUCAGGUGGAUGUCAUGUGUGGAGGCUACAUGAGAUUCAAAGCAACAAAAACAAAAAUCUUUUUAUCAAAAAUGCAAUAAUUUGAACUGCAGCUUAGAUUGUUCUUUUUCUUUUUGUACAGUGUAGCUUAUAUUUGUAAUGCGUUAGUAUGAGAGCGGUAGGAGCUUGUAUUGGAAACAGAUGUCAGUAGCAGGAUGCCGUUGUCGGCCUUCAUUUCAAAGCACAUUGUAGCUUAAGAGCAGCUAUUAAAGGUUGAAAGUCAAGCUGAGUUGAUCUGAAUCUGACAACUUAGUUUUUUAAGAAGAAAAAGGAGCUUCACUUGAGAUAUUAUUAUUGAACGCUUAUUGCAGGUAGCAACGUUCUUUCUUACAGAAACAUCCCCACUUUUUUUUUUUUGUCAAAUAUACCUCCACUUGACAAACUAAUGAAUGUCAACAUCCUAAAAAGUUUCAUGUAACAGUUCUGCAUAACCUUUAGAGUGCAAUGUUUGUGUUUUCUUGCUUAUUAUGGUAUAUAUUCACAUCCUCACUUGUAUUAAUCAUAUGAAAGACGACUAUAGAGAUGCCCUCAGUAGUAAUACAGAUCUGUCGUAAACUCUUGAUCUGAAGUUGAAGAGCCUUGCAGGACAUAUUCAUUCAUUAAUUACAAAAAAAAAGAAGCUACUCUUGAUCAAAAUGAUGGACUCUUCAGUUGUCGCCCUGUUUUACUCACACAUCCAGUCAUACUUGUCAAUGUCUGUCUGCAUCGAAGCGGGGCUCUCGAGUCCAGGCUUGAAUUUAACGGCUACAUGUCUGUACUGUGGCUUUCUGAGUUUCAUGACUGGAUAAAAGCUCAAAUAUGACACAUGUGAUACCUCGCAGGUUAAGACCACGCUUCUUCAGAACAACGCCAUCUUAAAUCUCUCUGACCGUUCCGUUGAAACGGACGGCUCGACCCACAGCGUUCUUUAAAAGUACCCAGAGGGAGGUUAUGGGUCUGUACCUGGUGGCUGUGGUAAUGGAUGUACGGCACUUAUGAUUUUCAACAUUUUUAAGGCACUUGAAAAGAAAAAACGAGAGGCGAAGUUAUGCAAAGCACUGUGUAUGUGUGCGUAUGUAUGAGUUGUAUUUGGUUUUUGUGUGGACAAAUCAGUACUGCAAGUAACAAAUGAACAAAUAAAAAAGAGAUUUGAAGUAUAAUGGUAUGAUUUUUGUCAGCCGGAUGAGUAUUUGUCUGUAAACUUCUGUUGUAGCCUCUUGUCCUUUGUCAUAUCAGUCACAUUGCUUGUUUAUAGAUCAGGGCUGUAACAGGACACAAAAAAGCUAAAAAAAUUCACUCAAAACAUUGAAUUGAAAGAUGGCAUUAAAAUAUCAUGGCAAUCUGAUGACAUCUGCCACGGGGUCAACCCCUGACACUUACUGAAACGGCGCCGUGUCCUCACUCCGCUCUGUGUGGCCUGUACGUGUCUUUGUGGCCUGUGAAGUUUUUUGGAAACAGUCAAAGCAAAGUCCAAGUCCUUAUUUCUUUCCUCGCUGUUCUCUGUCAGCUUGAAGCUUUAAUCCCAAAGUUUUCUUUUUGACCACUUGUCUACUGUAAAACAAUAGUGGUGGUGUGUGAAGCCUAUAAACACCUGCUACUGUGUUUUUUUUGAGCUGGCAACGACGAGUGAGAGAGAAGCUGCUUAGAUGCUAGGGACUCCAUUCUCUCCAUUCCUCUCCUGUUUUUCAGCCUGACAGCUGGCCUCGUGAUUCUCUGUAAGAGUGCUGGUGAGCUAGAUGACCCCUGGUAGCCAUGGCAACAGCUCCCGUCUCCUCCUCAGGAUCCAUGCAUCCACCCAGAGGAGGAGUGUCUCUCCUUUGCGCCAUGUCUUUCUCCAUUCAAAGAGGACAUGUGGUGUGUGCUGGAGUGCGUGAGUGUGCGUAUGUUGGUUGUGUGUGCGUGAGUGCGCGCGCGUGUGUGCGUGUGUGUGUGUGUGUGUGUGUGUGUGUGUGUGUGUGUGCUCGCAGCAGUGGGACAAAGACUAUAACAACUAAAACACAUGCAUACUGCUUUAAACCAGGAUGAAAAGCUGAAUCACUUUUCAGAAAUAUCCAGAUUUUAUGGACUGAAGCGUUGUGAUGGUAGAGACGAUUUUUACCGUUGAGGUGUUUUUUUUGUUGUUAUUUUUCUUUCCUUGAAUGUUAACAUUGAACACCUGACUUCACAAUGACAUGAGGACCUAUUGUGCACGUAUGUUUGCCGGCGUGCGAGAGAGUUUGUGUGUGAAAGUUUCAAUGAGGGCCAAGAGGACGUAUAAGGUCCAUACGGACUCUGUAUUUAACUCUUCUUCUCCUGGACUUGUUUUUUUUUUCUUUCUUUUUUUUUUUGUGCUCUGAGUCUGAUAACUGCCUAAUAUCCUUGCUUCUUCCCUCUUUAAAAACACACACACACACACACUCUCUUACACAAACAUACAGACACAUAAGUACCCUCCCCCACUUCCACCUGUGCACGUAUGUGAUGUGCCACCGGCGCAGGGCACUGCACGAGGACUCUGGUUCUUCAUGUGCAACUACGUGGUUCUCCGAUCAUCCAACGGUUGACACUGACUGAACCUGAAGGACCUCCGGACUCUGAUUUGACUCCUGCUGAGAAGUGGAAAUGAUUUGAAUUUGAAUUUUGUUUGUUGAUACUAUUGGGAUGACGACGAUGAUAAUCACGAUGGGGGACAUUGGGAGGUUACCGCUGCGGAGCCGAGUGCGAGUGGGACUCAUGGCUUUGGAGUGACGGGUCGGCUGGGCGAGGGGGCGCGUUUGUUGCAUCACUGGUUGGACUUUCUGUAUGAAGAGUGUAAGCCUCAGCAUCAUCGCGGUUGGAGGUGCACAUGACAGCAGACUGUCCCAACAGAGGCAAGGUUUUCAUUUUUUAAAUGUUGUCCAUGAGGUUACUAGCUGCUCGCUGUGUAGAGUGAGUGAACUCCCUGUUUUAACCCUGUUCCUGGUUCUCAGACUGCAUUGGUAAUGUUUGUAUUGCUGUUGUUUGAUUGCACUCACAUUUGAUUACAGAAAGCGUCUAUAUAUGAAAUAAAAUACCUGCCAAGGG